AUGUGCUUUGACCGCAGGCCCCUCUCCGGAUCCAAUACGAUUUCCCCUUUGCUUUUCUCACAAAAACGAAUUCCAGCUUGUCCUUCGGAGACCUGCCGCCGAGGUCUGGCCAGGACAGUCUCCACCAACACCGAUCUUCACGCCCUUCUCGAAGCUGCAGGGCGCAUCAACUACCACGCAAUCGCCUUGCAGGGAACAAAUUCAGGGGAGCAGCUAAUGAUUUGGAACUUGAUGCUCUAUAAGUUCGUCGUGGGCGACUUUGAUGCGAAAAUCGGGAUGCCAGAAGAAGAAAAGCACGGGAUCGGGAGACCUGGACCAGGACUUCGGAAUGAGAGUAACCGUUUUGUUGGGCUCUUAUCCACCGCACGACUUUUUCAUGGCAACUCCAUCUUCAUGAAGAAGGAACACCGGCGAUGGACGUGGAAGUCACCCAACGGUACGACUUAUGCGGAGAUCGACCACAUUCUCACCAACCGAAGCCACCAAGGACUUGCUGGAGAGGAGAAGAGCACUGAGGCUGGAUCCGACUGCAUCACAUCUCGAGCGACUGGUAGCCAAUACCAGUUGCAGAUCAGCUUUGCAGAAGACCUCCGAGAGUGCAGGCAAUCAAAACUUUUAGAAGCAGCAUAA